GGAGGGGCGGGGCUGGACGGAGGAGAGUAGGUGGAGGCCUUGUGGCGCAUGCGCGCUGCGCAGGCCUCGCCAUGGCUCGCGAGCUGAUCGGUCCCGAGCUGCCGCCCGGCUUCCCGCGCUGCGCAGAGCCGGACCCGGAUGAGGACUUUAGCCGGGUUGCAGGACCAGCAUUGCCUCCAGGCUAUAAAAGCAGCUGUAGCUCAGAAACUCCUGACAGCGAUGAUGACUCGGAAUCAAUUCCUCUACCCAGAGAUACAAAGAGAGAUUCUGAAGAAGAGAUAGGAGAUCCAGCACCCAAAAAGCCAAAAAGAAAUCAGGAAGAUGAUGAUGAUGAUGAUGGCUUUUUUGGGCCCGCUCUUCCUCCUGGAUUUAAAAAACAGGAUGAUUCUCCAGAGAGGCCCAUUAUAGGUCCUGCAUUACCUCCUGGCUUUAGGAGACCUUCACAGGACAUUGGGAAUAGCAGAUGUUCCAUAGGACCGUCUGUUUCAUCAGAAUUCCAUACCCAGGUAACAGAUAGUAGUGAGGAAGAAGAAGAUAUUAUAGGCCCAAUGCCUGCAAAAGGACCAGUGGAGUCUGAUGUCACUAAAGAAUUUGAACGCAGAGCUCAGAGAAUGAAGGAAAAACUUACUUCAGCAGACAGCGAUGAACCCAAGCAAAUUACCAGGGAAUCAUGGAUGACAGAGCUUCCACCUGAAUUGAAAAGCUUUGGAUUUGGCCCAAGAACAUUCAAGAGAAGAGCUGAUGACAAAUCGGGAGAUAGAUCUAUUUGGACAGAUACUCCAGCUGACAGAGAGAGAAAAGCCAAGGAAAGAGAAGAGGCAAAAAAGUCAACCAGUAAGGAUGAUGAAGAAAUCGUGUUAUCUGGGAGAGAUAAGAGACUUGUUGAGCAGGUGGCUUCAUACAAUGAGUCAAAGAGGUCGGAAUCUCUGAUGGACAUACAUCAGAAAAAGCUAAAGAGCAAGGCAUCUGAAGAAAAGAACAAACCUCAGGAAAGAAGGCCUUUUGACCGGGACCAGGAUCUCAAAGUCCAUCGAUUUGAUGAAGCACAAAAGAAAGCUCUUAUAAGAAAAUCCAGAGAUCUGAAUAGUAAAUUUGAGCACAGUAAAGGCAAUAUGUUUUUAUAACAUAUAAGCAUGAAGUUUUUUUGAAGUCAGUGAAAGUCUGAAUACUUAAUUUUUUAAGUAUUUUCCUGUAAAUAUUUCUAUGCAAAAUAAAUAUCCUGAUGUUUAAUUAUUUUUCCUUGUCUGUAAAUAUUCUGUUAGGGAGGAUCAUCUCUACUAAAGCUAAACUGGUAAAGGAUAAUCCUGGUAUAAAAAAGGUAAUGUAAAUUUGCUACUUUAAAACAUUGAGAUAUUUUUUGCUAGCAUAAAAAUACUUAAAUAGGUAUUAUGUUAUGGAGCUCUACAUUUGAUUCUUAGAUUCCUUUAGCUCCUGUGUGUAUGUGACGAAGCUGAAGGGAGAGUUGUGUUACAUAUUUAAAAUUAGACUUGCACUUACAUCCUUUUUCUCUUGAGUAAUGUUUGGGAUCCAUUCUGAGGAGUUACUGAGAGUAUCUGUGUAUGAAAGUAAUCUUAUAUGAGAGAUGCUGGCAACUUGUUCAGAAAUGUGACAUAUUUUGUGUGUUAAAUACCAUGAGAUUUACUGUAAAAAGGCUACCAUGGCAGAUAGUGUCUGGGUUGGUUUGUGUUAAUGGAGCAGUGGCCCCACAAGCCCCAGAAAUAAGUGGCUAAAAAGUUGGUCUUAUUUUAUUGCCCAUGUGCAUGAGCCCAAGGCACAGGCUCCAUGUGCUGCAAAGUCUUUUGAGAAUGUUCAGUCUUGCAAAUCAAUGAUUACAUAAAAUAUAUUUAGGUUCUGCUUUUUUUAAAUAGACAAUUCAUUUUGCCAUCUGAAAAAUCUGCUACCUUCAGGAAGAAGUGGGACUGGCUUUGUACUAGGUUUGGUUUUAAUCAACUUUGAGUUCCUGAGUCUUUUCUCUUUGAGGUGAGAGGAAGGUUUAAACAAGCACCUUUUAGUUUUCCUCCCAUAAAACAGGCUUCUCUUAGUGCCCCAUGCUUUUUUAGCCCAGCAAGCAAGGCCUUGCUAAGUUUUUUUAACUUGUGGGUUGUUGCCUUCCCCUUUUUGGGAGCUCCUCUGCAGCUGGGGGUUAAUAAAUAACAUGUCUAGCAAUUCAGCAAAUGUAGAUUCCUAAAUUGGAAAGGCAGUAUUAGGAAUAUUUGGGAGUUUUUUAGGCAACUAAAGCAAUGACAGGGUGAGCAUCACGUGAUUGGCUAAAUCUCCAUGGUUGACAAAAAUGAUCCUUAUACACUUUUGGAUACCCUACUGCCUUGAGAAACCAACUAUCAAGCAUUGCCUUAUGCUGAAAGAGCUGCUCUCAUGAGCACGUUGUGCAGUUCAGACAUUGUGCAUCCCUCAUUCAGACACGUCUGUAGCAGGAAUGAGGGCUGUUUGUAUUAAGAUUUUAUUGCUGUUACAUGCUGUGUUUCCAUUUUUGUUCUUUAGUCUCUCCCCCUCCAGACUGAGGACUGGUCAUCACAUGUGGCAGAUGGCCAGGCCUUGCCCUCCAGCUGCAUCCCUGCUGUCUGCUUGCUACCCUUUCUGACCCCAUCAUGGUCUGCUGCCCCCUCCAAGGAUGUGAUGGAGUGGAGGCUCUGUGGUGUUGCUGGAAAGGGGAGCUGUAGUAACAGGAGUGCAGGCAGAUCCUUCACAGCUGUGUGGCGGUAGGUUACACCUCCAUGUGGGAUGUGUGGUCCUAAUUAGUGAAGCCUUGAUGUGAGCUGGGAAUUUGUGUUCUCUCAUCUGCUUCAUCUUUUUUCUCCACUCUGAAGCAGCCUCUCAAAGACUCAAUGAAAUCCCUGUUAUGAACUUGAGAUAGGGGGAAGAUGGAAUUCUUGAGAGUUAAGAUUAAGCUUUUCAUUAUGUUGUGUAAAUUGAGUGAACUAUUGAAUUGCAUUAAUACAUAAACUAAUCUUUUUACUGACGCCAAACCAUUCCCUCCAACAGUCAUUAGAACAAGCAGUAACUCAGUAAACUACAAGCUCUGUAAGCUUUUGUGGGAAAAGAUGGGUUGUCCUCUACAAUUUGGACAAGCUGUAAACAGUUUCUGCAGAAAUGUUAGUGGGCGAUUCUUCAGAAUCUCAUUUGAAAAACCAGAAUUUACCUCAAAGAAAUUCCUCCCCAUAAUUACUCUGUCGCAUUGCUGGUAACCGGCUCCCAGUGCAGAUUUAACGGGUUCUAUUGCUAUGCUGCACUGCCAGCGUGUGUCACAGUGUAUCGACUCCAUGCAUAUCCGGAAACUGUUUCCUCAGGGAGGUUUUCCUGCAUGCGAGAAGGCCAUCAGCCUAGAUUUUAAAGCACUUCCUUUGUUUUCUGCUGGUACAGAUGUCCUCUGUUAAUACCGAUGGUAAAAAUUUCUGCGCAAGAGUUAUGGUCCCUUCCUUCUGAAAAGUUAAAUAUGUGUGGAAUUCAUAGUGAAUUCAAUAAAAAGGCUUCUGUGGUAGGUGUAUCAUAAACUGGGUGUUUAUUUUUAAGGAAUAUUCUAUGUUAAUAACAAAAAUUUAACCCUGUUGAGUCUGCUUUUACAAAGGAACAAUUAAAAGCAAUAAAGCUAUAUGAAGAGAACU